CAAGCGGCAGUUAAAUUGUGUAUUAAACGUAACUAAAUCUAAGCUAAGUUACACAAGUCGUUAGCUGAACUUUUAUUGGCAUCUGUAGCUGUUUAAAAAGCCUGCUAAAGGCUCGUCGCAGUAGAGAGAGUCGGCCUAUCAUGUGAUUUUAAACAUGGGAUGCCUGUUGCGCUACUCCUGAAAAGUUCCUGGAAGCUUCGCCUCUCGUUGAAGUUCAGUUAUUUCAGCAUUCGGAAGAACCGCAUUUUGUGUUCUCUGUUGUUCCAGAUGGAAGUGAACCGUUUGGACUUCUACAUCGGUCUCUCUCUGGCGGUGAGCUCCAGUGCUUUUAUCGGCGGAAGUUUCAUCUUGAAGAAGAAAGGCCUGCUGCGAUUGGCCAGCAAGGGUUCAAUGCGAGCAGGUCAAGGUGGCUAUGCUUACCUGAAGGAAUGGCUGUGGUGGGCAGGACUAAUUUCCAUGGGAGCUGGAGAGGCCGCCAACUUCGCUGCAUAUGCGUUUGCGCCAGCCACACUGGUGACUCCUCUUGGAGCGUUGAGUGUACUUGUGAGUGCCGUGCUCUCUUCUUACUUUCUGAAUGAGAGGCUCAAUGUGCAUGGGAAGAUUGGUUGUUUGCUGUGCGUCCUGGGCUCCACAGUGAUGGUGAUCCAUGCCCCUCAGGAAGAGGAGGUUGCUUCUCUCAGUGCCAUGGCUGAGAAGCUCAAAGACCCAGGUUUCAUUGUGUUUGCUGUGUGCGUUGUGGGAAGCAGCCUGGUUCUUAUCUUUGCUGUGGCUCCGCGGUUUGGGCAGAAGAAUGUGCUGGUCUACAUCCUGAUCUGCUCUGUGAUUGGCUCCCUCUCUGUGUCUUGUGUCAAGGGCCUGGGCAUUGGCAUUAAGGAGCUGUUCGCUGGGACAGCAGUGCUGAAGGAACCCCUGUUCUGGUCGUUAGUCAUCUGCCUGGUAAUCUGUGUUAGCGUUCAGAUCAGCUACCUGAACAAAGCCCUCGACAUUUUUAACACUUCCAUGGUCACUCCCAUCUACUACGUCUUCUUCACCACCUCUGUCAUGGCCUGCUCAGCCAUCCUCUUCAAGGAAUGGUUGCGUAUGACCACUGACGGAGUAGUGGGAACUAUUAGCGGGUUCCUCACCAUCAUUUUGGGAAUCUUCCUUCUCCAUGCCUUUAAGGACAUUUUAUUUAGCAGGGAUUCCCUCCCACUCUUCCUGAGGAAAGGUCCUCAGGGCUUUCCAUGGGGGCACCAGCCUUAUGUGGCUCUUCCCAGCCAUGACAUGCAAGCAGAGGAUGAGAUGAAGCUGCCCAGAGAAGGAGGCUCAAAGGGGGGGUGGGGUACGCACCAGAGAGCUCCUUAAGUACUUUGAAAAAUUGCUUAUUGCAAUUCUGAGGCUUUACUGCACAUCACAGCUUUACAGUGUGUCAAGGAAGUUUACUAAAUCUGAGUUUUGAGUCAGUCAUAAUGCAGAAUGCACUGGAAAAGCAAAGGUGCCUAAAUUGAGUGUAAAGUUCCUAUCAAUACACUGGAUUUCAUUUAAAUGUACAUUCUUGGAUAUACACAAUUUCACAUCCAUAUGUUUUUGUUUUGGUUGAACAAACAUAGGACAGAAUUAUUAUCUGUAUUAUCAUUUAUAGAAAUGUGAAUGGCAGUUGCACUGCUGUGUACAUUUUUUUACAGUAGUAAAAAAGUAUUGAAGGUUGAAUAUUAGCCUGCAUAAGCAUGAUUGUGCCUUCUGUUGCUGAAAAUAACCUUAUUCAGUCAUUAGUUUUGCACUUUUAACCUUAAGCUUAUAUUGUAUGAAAGGUUUGAUUUUACAACCAAUACAAAGGUAGAUAAAUUGAUUUGCAGCCUGAAUGCAUUUCAAGCAUCUGUUGUUGAAGAACAAGUGAAUAAUUCCUCUUACUGUAAUACCUCAGUAUUAUAUACAAACUGUACCAAAGAAUGUUCAUUUCCUGUAUAAAUUAAUUCCCAACAUGUGCCAACCUGUAACAUACCUCUGGUGUAACUGUUACUUUUUGUGAGUUUGAUAAUGCUAAUUAAAAUCUAACUCCCAACAUUACUU